UCUAGUUUUUCUAUUAAUUAGGAGACGAGUCACACUCCACUUUAAUUCUUUGGAUACUUUCGUAAUUUCCUGUUUAUGUGUUUCUCCCUGCUGAAUAUUAUAUAUUAGCUAGCUAGCCUCAUUUCUGAGGUGCAUAGAGGCUUCAUCCUUUUGAAUACUCUUGUAGGGUUGGUAGGUUUUUUUUUAUAUGGCCUCAUCCUCUUCUUCUUCUUCUUUUGCUAAUCCCCCUCCACAAAAGUAUGAUGUGUUUAUAAGUUUCAGAGGUGCAGAUACCCGGGACACUUUUACCAGUCAUCUCCAUGCUGCUUUAGUUCGCAAGAAAAUUCAGACAUACAUGGAUUGCAGACUUGAGAGGGGGGACAAAAUUGGACCUUCCCUCUUGCAAGCGAUCAAGGAAUCAAAGCUUUCGUUGAUUGUUUUCUCGAAAAACUAUGCUUUUUCCACCUGGUGCUUGGAUGAACUUAUGCACAUAUUGGGAUGCAAAAAAAGUUACGGACAAAUUGUCAUACCCAUUUUUUACGACACAGAUCCAUCUCAGGUACGGAAACAACACGAGAGUUAUAGAGAUGCAUUUGCUCAACUUGAAGAACGUUUCGAAGACAACAUGGACAAAGUGCUCAUGUGGAGAAAUGCCUUGAAGGAAGCAGCCAAUAUGUCUGGCUUUGAUAAUUCAAAAAGAACACGGGCGGAGGCUGAUUUCAUUGAGGAAGUUGCCGAAGAUGUUCUGACCAAACUGAAUCGCGCAUCGUCAAGGGUUUUAGAGGACUUGGAUCAAUUUUAUUCAAGAAAAAUUGAGGAAGUUGAAUCGUUAUUAUGCCUUGAUUCACCAGAUGUUCGCACUGUAGGCAUUUGGGUAGGCAGUUGGGUAGGCAAUUUGGGCAAGAGUUGGCUGACCACCCUUGGUGAUGUUUUAAUUCACCGGCUGUCUCGUCAAUUUGAAGCUACUUGUUUUCUUGCAGAUGUUAAGGAGGGGUCAAAAAGACAUGGACUGAAUCACUUGAGAAAUCUACUUCUUCGUGAGAUAUUAAACGAAAAAGCUCUAAUUAUCGACACUCCAUCUGUAUCGCCCUUUAUUCAAGAAAGGCUCAGCCGUACAAAGGUCCUCAUUGUUCUUGAUGAUGUGACUGAUUCAAGCCAGAUAGAAAAUCUUGCAUGUAGUAGUCAUCUUAAGUUUGGCCCUGGAAGUAGAAUCAUUAUAACAACUAGAGAUAAGAGUCUACUUAAGAAAACUCUUUGUCAUGAUAAGAUUUACAAGUUUGGUCAUAAGGACGGAUUGAUUUCAUGGGCAUUGAAGAGUGGUGUUUCCGCAAGAGAAGAUGGCUGCAUCCUUAAACGCACUCUACUCCACAUAGGGGCAAGAGGGGUCAAUUGACAGCUGCAAGCCUGGAAUUCAUAAUUGGAGGCGAAGAUGUUGACCCCUGAAAAUUACCCAUAAGCUGCUAUAUGAAAUGCUCUAGAGGGCGCAGCACACCAACACAUUACUCUUUGUCCUUUUAUUUUUAUUUAUUUUUAUAUUACUUCAUUUACUUAAAUUUACAAUGUAAAUAAGGAAGUACU